CCUCCUUUAAGCAAAAAGAAGCGUCCUUUCUCACUCCUUUGUUCUCUCUACUCGGCUUCAGCGCCCAAAAGAAGGGAGAAGCGCAAAGCCAAUGGCAGCCUGGGCAAUGCUAAUGAUGGUGGCGAUGCUGCUGAUGGCGGUGGGUUCGGACGCCGGCAACACAAAUGGCGUAUACAAUCCCUGCGCGGACACCAAGAUCCAGAGAUCCGACGGUUUCUCCUUCGGCAUCGCAUUCUCGUCCAAAGAAAGCUUCUACUACAACCAGUCCCACCAGCUCUCCCCCUGCGACCGCCGCCUCUCCCUCGCCUCGGCCACCUCGCAGCUCGCACUCUUCAGGCCCAAAGUUGACGAGAUCUCCCUUCUCUCCAUCAACACCUCCUCCUUCUUCCCGGAUUCUUAUGGUGGGUAUAUGGUGGCAUUUGCGGGGCGAAAGUAUGCUGCAAGGUCUCUCCCUGCUUUUGUUGCAAACAGCACCUACAUUGUGACCAGUUUCACCCUGGCCCUCGAGUUUCAGAAGGGUAGGCUGCAGAAUUUGUAUUGGAAAAGAGAUGGGUGUGCUUCAUGCUCAGGUAACUCCAAUUUUGUAUGCCUCAACAAACAAGACUGUGCCAUCAGAACAUCAAGCUGUAAAAACCGAGGGGGUACAGUAGAUUGCAGUCUUGGGAUACAGCUAGCUUUUUCUGGCACAGAUAAGCAUCUUAUGGCUCUCAAUUCAUGGUAUGAAGUGGAAAACCUUCGGCAAUAUUCCCUCUAUGGCUUGUAUUCAAACCUCAAAAAUUCUCUCACUAGCCAGUAUAGUAACUUCUUUUAGUUGGUUAUAUUGAAAGUUCCAAGAUUGUUUUCAUUGGUGAUUGUGUUGUAAUGUGGUGACUGUCCUGCUGAUCAAAUUGUCUAUUGAACUGAAUGUAUAUGGUUGUACGGUUAUUGAGAUGAGAAAUCUGCUUUUGCUAUCUGUA